GACAUGCUGGAGACCACAGGCACUUUUAAGCAGCUCAAAAGUCAACUGAUGAAGGAAGGAUUUGACCCUGUCACCAUCAGGGACCCCCUCUUCUUCCUAGAUGACUUGGAAAAAAGUUACGUGCCAAUGACUCAGCAGAUCUUCAGUGACAUUUCAGAGAAGAAACUGAAGCUGUGA